GGCGAGCCGGAGGUGGAAAUGUAAACCUUCGCCCAAGUGAUGGAAACAAAUCAGCGUGUACAGCUGUAGUUUGGAGAUCCAAGUGUGAGAAGUUUUGUUGGACAUGUGAGUGUGUUGUUAGUGUAAAGUUAACGUUUUUAUCGUCGUCAACUUUAAACUCAACUACAGCAAAUUACUCUUAUUAUCUUCACCAACCGAUAAAACGAGCACGAAAGUUAGCGGAGUGAUUUAGCCGCAAAGCUAAAAACAACUGUAGCUUAACAAGCAGCUAAUGCAGCUAAACUUUACAACUUUUAAUCCCCUAAGAUGAUUUAUAAAUGAACAACGUGAGACACAAUGGUGAUCCUGAGGGAGGGGAUGUGUCCUGGACUGGAUGAGGCUUUAAUCCGCGACCUGCGAGCUGCUGACAUCAAAACAGUGGAGGAUCUGGUCUCAUCUGACAUUGAAGAAGUGGCUCAGAGAUGCUCGGUGUCCUACAAGGCUCUGUUUGCUAUCCGUCGAGUGCUGCUGGCCCAGCACACAGCGUUCCCGGUGUCAGGAGCUGAUCUGUAUGAAGAACUAUUGAGCUCAACAGCCAUCCUCUCCACUGGAAAUCCCAGCUUAGAUAAACUGCUGGAUUCAGGCGUUUAUACUGGAGAGAUAACAGAGCUGUCGGGAGGACCAGGAAGUGGAAAAUCUCAGGUGUGUUUCGCUGUCGCUGCGCACAUUUCCUUCCACCUGAAACAGAGUGUGAUAUUCAUCGAUACGACGGGAGGAUUCUGCGCCGGCCGCUUGCUCCAAAUGCUACAAACUGAAACGAGUAACACUCAGGAGCAGAUGGAAGCGCUGCAGAGGAUCCACGUCUCCCGCUUGUUUGAUGUCUACGCUUUGCUCGACUGUCUGUACGGUCUUCGCGGUGGCGGUCUCCAGCAGACGUCCGUCGGCGGUGGAUCUGUCAAGGCGGUGAUCGUGGACUCGGUGUCGGCUGUUAUCUCGCCUCUACUGGGAGGCAAACAGAACGAAGGCAUGUCCUUGAUGAUACAAGUGGCAGGAGUGCUGAAGACGAUGGCGAAGGACUUCAACAUCGCCGCUUUGGUCACAAACCAUGUCACGAGGAGCGCCAGCGGGGAGGUGCAGCCGGGCCUCGGCGUGUCCUGGAGUCACAUCCCCAGAACCAGAAUCCUGCUGGAGCGGGUGGAGAAGUCUGCGGUGUUCAGCCCCUCCGGCCUGCGCUCCGCGACCCUGAUCAAGUCCUCCAGACAGCCGUGUCCCAUCAAAGAGGAGUUAAACCUGCAGUGGUGGAGCCGCUCACAAGAAGCUUCGUCGUCAGGGAAGAGAAAACUGGAUGAGACUGAUUCCUGAUCCUCUGCCCUAAAUGUCUCAUCACAGGGAGGAACGACGCGCCUCUUGCGGAUGCACUCCCAGAUCCAGCUGGGCGAGACUUUGUGAGCCUGGCUGUCGGCGGGCUCGGCCGCCAGCGUGUGCGUGGCUGAGGCGGCGUCGUAGUCGGCGACCAGGUCUCCGUCGUACGCCACGAAGUAGCGCCUCAGUUUGUCGAAGUCCUGCACGGAGACGGGCAGGAAGAGCUUCACCCCGCUGAAGAUGUCCAGCAGCGUCUACACAGAGAGAUAAACGAGAAUGAUCAAACCUGCUGACCUCACUGAUCCAACAGACGAUGUCAUGUUUCUAACUCAUUUAGUGACUGAUAGAAUUUGUACUGUUGAUAUAUUGGAGUGCAAAUCCAUUCAUCUUUUUUCGUUUUAGUAGGGAUGUAACGAUACUCGACUCACAAUAUGACAUGUUUCAUGAUUUCUAUAAAGGCACGAGAUUGAAGUCAAUUCAUGAAUAAAUGUGAUUUUCUA